AUGAAGGGCACCAGGUACACCGAGUUCCCUACGCAUGCAGUUCGGAAAACAGACUUUGAAUCUUGGACUUCCCCCGAUAGAACGCUGGGGGAAUCGCUUCUGUCUGGGAUCCCAUACUCUAGAAACCGAGAAGUUUCACCAGGUUGCCUAGAGUUAAAUACUGUCACUGCGAAUAGAGACGCAAUUGUCCCUGCGAAGAUUAUUUGCCGGAUUUUCUCAGUGGGGGUGAGCAGAACAAUUCCUGAAGGCAGCGAUUUCAUCCUGGAAAGUGGAAUGCCUACAUGA